UUUUUUUUGGUUGUUUUCCCUGAAACUCUUGAUUCAUCUUCUUUCUGCAGCAUCGCCUGCCUUCUCUUUUUUCCCAACUACUCCUUCCUCAGCCCACUGGAAUCACGAUUCCGAUUCCAAUUCGUCAAUUAUCUUUAUUUCUCUCAAAUCUCAACUUUUUUUUUUUCCUUCUUCCUCCGAACCAAAUUUCAAACUUUAGGGAAUCAAUUUCUUGACAAAUUCGAACUUUCUUUCUGGGGUUUAGGGUUUUUUUCUGAAAAAGCUUCUUUCAAGCUCUCCCAUGGCGGUCUCCCAAGAACUCUAUCCAUCCCAGGAUGACCUCCUAUACGAAGAAGAGCUUCUCCGAAACCCUUUCAGCCUCAAGCUAUGGUGGCGAUACCUAAUUGCCCGCUCCGAAGCGCCGUUCAGGAAGCGUUUCAUCAUCUACGAGCGUGCCCUAAAGGCCCUCCCCGGAAGCUACAAGCUUUGGCACGCCUAUCUCCGCGAACGCCUCGAGCUCGUCCGCAAUCUCCCCGUCACUCAUUCCCAGUACGAAACCCUAAACAACACCUUCGAGCGAGCCCUCGUCACCAUGCACAAGAUGCCUCGAAUCUGGAUAAUGUACCUCCAGACUCUCACUGAGCAGAAGCUGCUCACUCGGACCCGCCGGACAUUCGAUAGGGCGCUCUGCGCGCUCCCCGUGACCCAGCACGACCGCAUUUGGGAGCCCUAUCUCGUCUUCGUCAGCCAGAAGGGCGUCCCCAUCGAAACCUCGCUUCGCGUCUAUCGGAGGUACUUGAAAUAUGACCCUACUCACAUUGAGGAUUUUAUUGAAUUCUUGGUUAAUUCUAGUCUUUGGCAAGAGGCGUCCGAGAGAUUAGCGUCUGUGUUGAAUGAUGAUCAGUUUUUCUCGAUUAAGGGGAAGACUAAGCAUAGGUUGUGGUUGGAGUUGUGUGAUCUGCUCACUAAGCAUGCCACUGAGGUUUCGGGGCUUAAUGUGGACGCCAUAAUUAGGGGCGGGAUUAGGAAGUUUACUGACGAGGUGGGGCGGUUGUGGACCUCGCUUGCAGAGUAUUACAUUAGGAGGAAUUUGCACGAGAAGGCGAGGGAUAUAUUUGAAGAGGGCAUGACUACUGUGGUUACGGUUAGAGAUUUUAGUGUGAUAUUCGAUUCAUAUACGCAGUUUGAACAGGGUAUGCUGGCACAUAAGAUGGAGGAGAUGGAUUUGAGUGACGAUGAAGAGGAGGAAGGUGAAGAUGUGGAAGAGAAUGGUGGUAAUGAGGAUGAUGGAGAUGUUCGUUUGGAUUUAAGUUUGUUGGCUGAAUUUGAGAGGAAGAUACUUCAUGGGUUUUGGUUGCAUGAUGACAAGGAUGUGAAUUUGAGGUUAGAUCGAUUAGACCAUCUGUUGGAUAGAAGGCCAGAAUUAGCUAAUAGUGUUCUUUUAAGGCAGAAUCCACAUAAUGUGGAGCAGUGGCACCGAAGGGUGAAGCUCUUUGAGGGUAAUCCCACUAAGCAGAUCCUUACUUACACUGAGGCAGUGAGGACAGUUGAUCCCAUGAAAGCAGUGGGGAAGCCUCACACAUUAUGGGUAGCUUUUGCUAAGCUUUAUGAGAGCCACAAAGAUAUUGCAAAUGCAAGAGUGAUUUUUGACAAAGCGGUGCAGGUGAACUUCAAGACCGUGGAUAAUCUCGCUAGCAUUUGGUGUGAAUGGGCUGAAAUGGAAUUGAGACAUAAGAAUUUCAAAGGAGCACUGGAGUUGAUGAGACGUGCUACAGCAGAGCCAUCCGUCGAGGUCAAACGAAGAGUGGCUGCUGAUGGCAGUGAGCCAGUUCAAGUGAAGCUUUAUAAAUCCUUGAGACUCUGGACUUUUUACGUGGAUUUGGAGGAAAGCCUCGGUACAUUAGAGUCAACUCGAGCAGUUUAUGAGAGGAUACUGGAUUUAAGAAUAGCCACACCACAAAUUAUAAUCAAUUAUGCAGUGCUUCUUGAGGAACAUAAAUACUUUGAAGAUGCAUUCAAGGUGUAUGAAAGAGGUGUAAAGAUAUUUAAGUACCCACAUGUCAAAGAUAUAUGGGUGACUUAUCUCUCUAAAUUUGUGAAGAGAUAUGGAAAAACAAAACUAGAACGUGCAAGAGAGCUGUUUGAGCAUGCUGUUGAAACGGCCCCUGCCGAUGCAGUGAAACCUUUGUAUCUCCAAUAUGCGAAGCUGGAGGAGGAUUACGGUCUGGCAAAGCGGGCUAUGAAGGUUUAUGACCAAGCAACUAAGGCUGUACCCAAUAAUGAGAAGCUUAGCAUGUACGAAAUCUAUCUUGCUCGUGCAACGGAGAUAUUUGGUGUCCCGAAGACAAGGGAGCUAUAUGAGCAAGCAAUAGAAUCUGGUCUUCCGGACAAAGAUGUGAAGACUAUGUGUUUGAAGUAUGCUGAGCUCGAGAAGAGCUUGGGAGAAAUUGACCGUGCUCGUGGGAUAUUUAUAUUUGCAUCUCAGUUUUCAGAUCCUCGAUCUGAUGCGGAUUUCUGGAAUAAAUGGCAUGAGUUUGAGGUGCAACAUGGAAACGAAGAUACCUUCAGGGAAAUGCUUCGUAUCAAACGAAGUGUUUCUGCGAGCUAUAGCCAGACGCACUUUAUCCUUCCGGAGUAUCUAAUGCAGAAGGAUCAAACAGUGAGCCUUGAUGACGCAAAAGACAAACUGAAACAGGCUGGGGUCACAGAAGAUGAAAUGGCUGCUUUGGAGAGACAGUUAGCUCCAGCAGCCAACGAUACCACCGCUAGAGAUAGCAACAGAAAGGUGGGGUUUGUGAGUGCUGGAACAGAAUCGCAGCCCAAUGCGGAUAUUAGAUCUACUGCAAAUGCUGAAGACAUUGAGCUACCAGAAGAAAGUGAUUCAGAGGAAGAUGAUGAAAGAGUUGAAAUCAAGCAAAAAGAUGUUCCCGAUGCCGUUUUUGGAGAGUUGGCUCAAAAGAGGAAAGAUGCCGAAGAUGGCGAUGACACCAAGGAUAAUGAUAGUCGUCUUGGAGCUCUUGAGAGAAUAAAGAGGCAAAAACGAGGUUGAUUGGUUGUUUGCUUGAAGGAAUCACUGUUCGACGAAAUCAGCGGUACCAAAUUUUGAUGCUUGGUACUAACUUCAAACCAGUGGUGGCUUUGAUUGUUUAUUUCUACCCUUUUGGGCACUACAGCUUGUGGCACUGAUGUAUUAACUUAAAAAGUUCGUUUUGUCUUUUCUUUUUUUGAAGGGAAAAAAGUUGCUGAAGCCUAAGGCCUUUACCCUAAUAUGCUCGCCCUCUCACUUUGUUAAAA